AUGGUGAAAGGAAGAGCAGGUUUUGCGCUGGAGUUCUGGAAAUUCGGUGUCUAUUUGAUGAUACCCGUGGGUGCUUCGAUCUACUGGAACAAUCCCGACCGAGUCAAGGCGAAUGCCGAUUAUUGGCAAUUCAUCAAGUAUCCCCCCUCUGAUCCAGACAAGGUCCGAGAAGAAGUCAAGGAUCGAAUUCAACGUGAAAAGAAGGAAAGAGAGCAACGGCAAGCUUAUAUGGAACAAAUGAAGAUAUUACAAGAGUCGGCCAAACGAUCCAGGGAUAAUAUGGCGGCGUUACAGGAGCAAGAAGAAAAGGACAAAAGUAGUGGUGGACUGUGGGGUUGGCUUGGUUUUCGAAAAAAUGCAGAUUGA